GGCCUCCUGGCCCGGCCCGGCGCGGGCAGCGGCGGCGCGAUGGCGGCAUCGCCCAGCGCCCUGCGGCGGGCCGGGAACGAGGAGUUCCGCCGCGGGCAGUACGGGCCGGCUGCCGAGCUGUACACCCGUGCGCUGGAGCUGCUGGAAGCCGCAGGGGAGGCCGCCGUCGAGGAGCGCAGCGUGCUGCUCUCCAACCGUGCCGCCUGCUACCUCAAGGACGGAGCCUGCAGCCUCUGCGUCGCGGACUGCAGCACCGCCCUCCAGCUCGUCCCUUUCGGGGUGAAACCCCUCCUGCGGCGGGCCGCGGCCUACGAGGCCCUAGAGAGGUACCGGCUAGCUUACGUGGACUACAAGACGGUGCUGCAGGUGGACUGCACCAUCCAGGCAGCUCACGACGGCGUCAACAGGAUGACUAAAGCCCUGCUGGAGAAGGAUGGUGUGAACUGGCGCCAGAAGCUCCCGCCAAUCCCCACAGUCCCAGUUUCUGCCCAGACGAGGUGGAGCGGUCCUGCUGGAGGCCCUGGGGCGAACGCUUCUCCUGUGACUGCACAGAGUGGAGAACCAGACCAGUAUGCUGCUGGCAGAGAGAGAGCUCGAACUCUGAAGGAAGAAGGAAAUGAACUUGUAAAGAAAGGAAACCAUAAAAAAGCAGUGGAGAAGUACAGUGAGAGUUUAAAGCUCAACCAGGAAUGUGCCACUUACACCAACAGAGCUCUCUGUUACUUGACUCUGAAGCAGUACAAGGAGGCAGUACAGGACUGUACUGAAGCUCUGAGGUUAGAUCCCAAAAACGUUAAGGCACUCUACAGACGUGCUCAAGCACUGAAAGAACUGAAGGAUUACAAAUCAAGCAUUGCUGAUAUCAAGAGCUUGUUGAAAACUGAACCAAAGAACACAGCUGCACUGAGAUUGCUGCAAGAACUGAACAGAACCUAGGGUAACCAAGCAACAAGGAAAGCUUUGUUUUCCACUACAGAAGAAAGCUUUUUCCCUUCUGAUGUUAGAGGGACCAAUCUUAACGCAGGAUCAGUGUUGAAAUCUAUCUUUCACUGCUGCUGAGAUGUACCAGGUUCUGUGCCAGCACAAUGAAUGUUAAGACACAAUCUGUAUCAAACUCUGCUAUUUGGCUCUGUGAUCACUCGAAGUUAAUACCCCUCUCUGAGAGGCAUACAGUUUUAACUUCCCUGGGUGAAGUCACCUUUUCUGUAACCAUUGGCCUCAGGGACUUUUUAGGUUGGCUGAAAUGCAUGUGAAGUGGCUGUUCUCUUUCUGAGGAGCUACAGAGCUUUUUUGUCCUUAAUCAGGUGACAGUUCUGCUGGCAUUUGUGCUGCUAUUACCUAAGGUUGCUUCAGGAACUGCUGCAGUUACCCCUGCACCAGUAGUACCAUUCUUGUAAUGGAGGCACAGUUACUUGUGCAGGGCUGAGCUUGUUCUCUUUCCCCCUUGAUGCCUGCUGGCCCUCAGCUGAGUUUCUGCUGCUUAGUGUGGCUGGGCAGAUGUUUACAGUAGUAGCUUUACUUCAGUUUCGAUUACUCUGCACAUUUAAGAAAACAACAGCAAGUUAAGCCUGCCUUGUUACACUGUGCAUUCUGGGUGCUUGGGAAUUUCACAAUUGUGUUUGAGGUGGGGGUCUUUUUGUUUGUUUGGGGUUUAGUGUGUUUUGGGGGUUGUUUUUUUACACCACUUUAGCUCCUCUGUGCCUUUUGGAGCAGUUAGGGGAUGUUAAGAGGGAGGAGGAUAUGCAGUAACAUCCCAGCUGAGGUCUGGCUUGCUACUUCAUGCAUGAUGAUACUUUUUGGUCUUCUUACCUGGUAGUGAUGGCACUGACAGAAUGGGAGGUAAGGAGAUACCUGGAGGUAUUCUAUGAACCGUUAAAUCCAGUUCUCAUUAAAGCCAUUUUUAU